AUGGACUAUAUGGAAGAGUUCCCCAGAGCAGCAACAGCAAUCAUAGAAUAUCACUACGUUGAUGACUAUUUCGAUAGUUUCGCAACGGUAGAAGAAGCUAUCGAAGUAGCGAAGCAGGUGAAGCACAUUCAUGAAAAAGGGGGCUUUGAGAUUCGUAACUUCCUGUCUAAUUCUGGUCAGGUACUUUCCGCAGUCGAAGAUACGUCGCAGGACGAGUCGAAAGAACUCAUCAUCGUAAGAGUAGAAAAAACAGAAUCCGUGCUGGGAAUGCGAUGGAAUCCGCUCGCAGACGUUUUCUCAUACGCACUGUCACUCAAAGUGGAGGUUGUGAAGACUGGUUCCACCGUCGCUCCCGUCACGUCCACCGUGAAACCGUCGUGA